AUGUUUCAAAAAGAAUUGGGUAAACAUUUCGAAUUAAAACUUUUUAAAAAUGGACACCGCACUGUAUACCCUUUAUCACCUCGAAGAUCAGUUCCAUCACGUAUCAAGAGGCCCGAUUAUGCCGACGAUCCGAAAGGUUUGAAUAUGGAAUUUGAUCGUAUAAUAUUACCGGCAGCAUUUAGUAUUAAUGAUUAUGAUUAUAAUUAUAUUAGGCAAGUUUUGGACAUCGGUGCAGCUGCAAUAAAGCCCGGAGUAACAACUGAUGAAAUUGAUAGAAUCGUACACGAAGCUGCUAUAGAACGUGAUUGCUAUCCAUCACCUUUGAAUUAUUACGAAUUUCCAAAAUCUGGUGACAUCAUCAAUUUAGACGUUACUUUGUAUCAUGAUGGAUUUCAUGGCGAUCUCAAUGAAACUUAUCCCGUUGGUUGCAUAGAUAUGGACAGUCAGAAACUGAUAAAAACAGCAAAAGAAUGCUUGAAUAAAGCUAUUGAGUGCGUAAUCGAGAAAAAUGCAAAAGCUAAUAAUUGUUCAGUUGUUCGUACUUAUUGUGGUCAUGAUAAUUGGACGGCAGUUACUGAAGAUGGUAAACGAAGUGCACAAUUUGAGCAUACUUUAUUAGUUACUGAAACUGGUGUGGAAAUUUUGACGGCAGGUAAAGGUGAAAGACGUUUCUACCCUGAUAACUGA